AAUGACACCAUUAAAGAUUAAUUGGAAUUCAUUCAUUAAAGCAUAUAAAAUUGAUCCCAAGGAGUCAAUUCAUUUGGAUGAAGAUUGGACUUUCUUCGUUAACCAUCAAUAUUUGGAGGAAAUUCUUAAUGAUGAGAUGCUUUUGGUAGAAUUCACAUCUCCAGAGGAGCAGAAAGAAGAUAGUAGACUAUUUGAUGUCCCAGUUAGAUAUAGAACAAAAUUUUCGGAGAUGGUAACACCUGUUGCUUGGAAAAGUGACGAAUCUAUAAAAAUACUAGUUCAAUGUACUCUAAAAUCUUUAGCUGACCUCUGCAGAGCAUUACAAUUUGACAAUGUUGUUUACGAAGAUAAUUUAAAUAUGAAAUGUUUAACAACAGCUGUUAAUUUAUCAGGAAGAGCAAAAUCCCUGUUGCAAACUGAAGAGAAAAAAACAGAAAUGUCUACAUUUGCAAAGGACAAGGCCAAUUCUGAUGACAAACAAUCGACAGGACAAAAGCAGACCAUUCCUAAACCUCCGAAUGUACUGGUUUACACAGAGAGGAGUGCAAAAGAAGAUUCGUUUUUAGCUUUGAAAGAAACCUUGCGAAGCAUUUUGGGAGCAAAUAAUUAUACUUUUUACCAUUUAAGCGAAGAAAAGGCUUUAGGCUACCCGUGGAAGGAGAAUACUACGCUCUUAAUAAUAAUGGACAAGACACUCAAAGAGAAUAUAAAUAAAAUGUUCUAUGAGUAUUACAUAAAUGGUGGCAAUGUUUUGAGUUUAUGUUGCCGUACCUUCGAAGAGAAUUUUCUAGAAGUAAAGGAUAAAGGAGAAGUUAAUAUUCGUAAAAUAAAAUUAGAGUGUUCUGAAUGGAAAGAUGUACCAGUUUUCGGGUGUUGUAAUAUAUCUUUUGAAAAUUUCAAGAAACAAAAGUUUACCGAAAUAGCGUGGUUUUCAGACGACACCAGGAGGCCUGCUAUACUUUUCUCGGAUUCUGAAGAUAACUCUGGUAAAGUUAUACUGUCACAUGUUCAAUGGCACAUCGAGAUCAAACACGAGCAAAAGCAAGUUCUGAAACAUUUGUUAUCUUCCUAUUUCGAGAUAAAGCAGUCUCAAGAGGAAGAUAUACAAUUAACGCAAGGUUAUUUGAUAUCUAAACAAGAGAACUCAAGAAGAAACUUCCUAAAACACAUUGAAGUAAAACUAACAAACGGUAUUUUGAGAUCAAACAAAACUGUCCUAAAAUUUGGAAAUACUGAAAAAGACACACCAAGUGAAAAUUUCCUUCCAAUUAAUAUUGCAUCAAACUGCAAUAAUUUCAAAUUAUUCAAUUCUGAUGAGUACUUUCACCAUCUUUCAACCAAAACACUAGGGAAGAUACUUAUCUACGCAGACAUGAUGGGCAGUACUCAAAAUGUCUUUGACAGUUUGCAAUUUUCAACUCCAAAAGACCUAGGAAUAGCUUCAAUAGCAAGUCGCCAAAUUUCCGGAGUUGGGAGAGGUGGUAAUGCAUGGUUGAGCCCACCCGGUUCCCUAUGUCUAUCGUUUCAUACGAUGGUUAGCCUAAAAUCAAAAUUGGGGCAGCAUGUCUCCUACGCUCAACAUAUUGCGGCUUUGGCCGUUGUAAAUGCCAUCAGGGAUAUUAAAGAGUAUAGGAAUCUAGAUUUGAGAAUAAAGUGGCCGAAUGACAUUUAUUACAAGGACAAAGCUAAAAUAGGGGGAAUUCUUGUUGACUCUUCAGUGUUUAAGGAUCAAAUACAUCUAAUAAUAGGGAUUGGAGUAAAUGUUAGCAAUUCCAAACCUACCCUUUCAAUAAAUGAUAUUAUAAAUAGAUACAAUAAAAAGGCCGCCAAAUCUUUAGAGAAAUUUACUGUACCGAAAAUGGGAGCUCUUAUCAUAUCAAAAUUUGAAGAGUUGGUUGAUUUAUACGAAAAUGAACAAGAGGAUAAUGUCUCAGCACUUUACUAUGAGAAAUGGAUUCAUUCAGGAACAGAGGUGGAGUUAUGGAAUGGAACAAAGGCAAAAAUUGUUGAUCUGGACGAAUAUGGCUAUCUAAGGGUCUUUACAGAGUCUGAAGAAAUAGUUAGUGUUCAUCCUGAUGGAAAUAGUUUUGAUAUGACCCGUGGUUUAAUUUUACCUAAAAUAAAAUAA